ACGAAUAUUCUGGAAAACACAAAUAUGGCGCCAGCUAAGAAAGGCGACUUGACUGAAACAGAAACGAAGCUGAUUGACAGAGUUCUUUAUGGCACGACAGAAGAGGUUUCCUCUCUGCUGUUAGAACCCAGUGUCCGUGUAGAUUGUUUGGAUCAGACGGGCAUGACCCCUCUGCAGCAUGCUGCAUUUCGAGGGAAGAAAGAUGUCUGCCAAAUGCUGCUAGCACGAGGAGCAGACGUCAACUCCAAUUACCAUGACAACGGCUAUUCAACAUUGAUGUUUGCUGCUUUGUCCGGUAAUGUUGAUGUAACCAGGCUGAUGCUGGAGUCAGGAGCUAACCCAAAUCACAUCAAUUCGGUGAAUCGCACAGCUACACAGAUGGCCGCAUUUGUUGGUCAACAUCAAUGUGUGUAUGUUAUCAAUGGCUACUUUGCCGGGAGUGAUUUGGAUUAUUACACUGUUCCACAAGGUUUGGAAAAGGAAGCCAAAUUACCGAAGGAAGUUGCUCCAGCUCUUUUGAAGUUGAUCAACUCUAUUGACCUGUAUCCUGUCCGGGUUUCCCUGCUGUUGAAAGAAAAUCCCGAGCUACUGCACGAGUCGUACAAAGUGUGUAAAGUUUUAGACUGCAUCGUGGAGAAGAACAUGAAGUCGAGAGAGCCGAACGAUGUCCUCGCCUUGAAGCUUCAUUACUUCGCUACCGUCAUACGCCACGCAGUCAAAGCCGAAAAUAUUGACGUGUGGAUCAAGAGUUUGAUGAAAGGUAGAGACAGUGAUGGCUUUCCCGAGUUGCAGGAUCGCUUGAUUCGUCAGUCACUCAAAGAUUUUCCUUACAUAGACUGCCAACUUUUACAGCAUAUUGUUAGACAGCUGGCACCCAUCAAAAUUGGUGAUACGCCUGCUAUUUCGAUUCUGUGCGCUGCUAUAAAUGGCCAGCAGUUUGGUGCUGACAGUGACAACAACUGUUCAACAUGCGGUGUGGCCAAUGCAUCAAAGAAGUGCUCCGUUUGUAAAAUGGUUCACUAUUGUAACCAGCAGUGUCAGAAACUACACUGGCCUUCACACAAGAAGUUUUGCAAACAACUCACAGUAAAGUUCCAAAUUUUGGAAGAAGAACGAAUUAAAAGAGAAGAGGAGGAAAAAAGAUUAGAGGAGGAGAAACGGAGAUUGAAGGAGGAAAAUAAACUAGAAGAGGAGAAGAAGAAACAGGAAGCAGACGUAGCCAAUGAAAUGGAGAAAUUGAAUGCUGGUGGAGAUAAAUCAUCAGGGUGGGACGUGCCUGUAACCCAUUGGGAAAAUGCUCCCUUGAUGCGCAGUUGGUCUAGGAUCGAUCCCCUUCGAUCAAGAUGGCACCACAGAACAGUCAGAAACCUGUAACAAAGAAACUGAUGAUAUCAUGAAGUCAAACACGAAAGUUGAUAAUACAGAUGAAGAAGAAAAGACGGAUUUAACGAAGACUGAGAUAACCUCAUGACGAGAAACCUGCCUUCAAACUGCACAUUGAUAAGUGACAGUAAGCAAUAAUGGCUGCCAACAGAGGCAGAGCUCACAGUUCACCAAAUUGUCGUUUAGACAGUUUUGAGAUAGGCAGAGUAUUUCCUGGAAAAUUAUUAAAAUAUAUAUUAAAUUUUAUUAAGCCAAAUUCUUAAUAUUGUAGUCACUUUGUCUAAAAGUUAGCAGGCAUUGAAUUGUUUUUUGUUUUUUUUCAUGGAUUCCAUCAGAAUCAUAAACUAAAUUUAUAUAGAUAUUUUGGGAUUCGCAGAAGCAUAUAAUCAUGUUCAGUUCGAAGCCUGAACGGUGAGCCUUGCUGACAGUUUUGAGUUGGACCGAAAUAUGAUUAACAAUUUGGAAAAUGUUAUUUGAAUAUGUAGAGCCAAAUUCAACUCAUCUUGGCCAUAAAAAAAUAUUCAUUCAUUGUGAUAUUUAACAAAUAUGUUUGCCAAUUUUAAUACUGUCAUCAAUUUUGGACGUCUGGUUGGGAUGUUGGGGUCAAUUUUAAAAUUACUAUCAUGUUAAAAUUAUUGAUUAUAAUCGAAACUUAAUCAGUUGAUAAUAUAAAGAUCAUAAUCAAUAUGCAGUAGUGAGGUAGUUAAACAAGACAGACUUUAAUUCUUAAUUGUUGUAAUUCUUGAAUCCUUAAUGAAUGUGUUUUAUAUUAGGUAUGGAUGUUCAUAAAAUCACAGUGCGCACCUCCAGCCCAAUGUAAUCGCAAGGCAGGGGAAGAUAAUUUAGAUAUUGUAUGUUGUAGUAAUUUGUAUUUUAGUCCGUCCAUCCUCUUUGUUUCUGUUUACAGUACUUUAAUGAAUGUAUAAUAACAUAAUUAUGCAUAGGAAUAUUAACUAUUAAAUAAUUAUGUCUGUAACAGCCAAUGAAACGUCCUUUAUAGUCGACAAAAUUAAUUACGGGCCAGAAGAAUUUGUGGUACGUUUUCGCUAGUUUUAUUGUAUGUUAACAAGUUUUAAUCAUUUUUUAAUGUCAUUUUAGUAUAUAUUGACUAUUGAUGUACACAGAAAUCAUGCACCUAUAGUCCUUUCCACAGGGAACGCCUUUGUUUCUUACUAUAGAAUUUACUACAAGUUAUUUAUUUCUGAGCCAACACUUUUACUUUUCUUCUUCUUUCUUUUUUACGACAAACCAAACUAAUUAUUUACCAAA